UUUGUACAGCAAAAGCCAGGAGAGCUGUAUCAAAUCAAAGCGGUCACGGAAGCAAACAGCUGCAUCCUGGACCCUGGACCCGCCACAUCUCCGUCCAUUGUUUGUCAGUACAGUACCUUGUUACUCUCGUUGUUGGCUUCUUCGGUUCGUCUCACAGCCACAGACAAAGUAAACGAUGAGUUUCGGAGGCGGCAAUGGAGGUUACCAGGGCGGAAGGACUCGAAUGGGCACCAAAGUCUACUUGAAUCUGUACGAUUUAUCACCUGCUAAUGACUAUCUGUACCCGGUAGGACUUGGCGUGCAUCAUUCUGGAGUAGAAGUGUUGGGUUCAGAGUAUUCUUUUGCAUCGAAUGCUGGCGUGUUCGAAUCCACCCCCAAAGAAGCUCCAGGGGCCAAGUGGAGAGACCAGGUUUUUAUGGGCGUCUUUGAAGGAGGUCAAAUGGAGCUGAAAAAGGCUGUGGAUGAUUUGCGAGACGCCUUUGGUCCCAAUGACUACUCGUUAAUCAAAAAGAAUUGCAAUCAUUUCGCCAGCGCCUUGGUAUAUCGGCUGUUGGGCAAAAAUGUGGUGCCGGGUUACGUCAAUCGCAUUGCCGAUGUCGGUGCUUGUUGUGCUUGCUUGCUGCCACGACAAAUGCUCGAGAAUGCUCCUGUGGGCGAUCCUAACGCAGCCAACAAUAAUGGUGGAUUUGGAGGCAACUCGGGAAUCAUUGCUCGAGGACCGUCAGCCCCACAGUCCAAUUCCAUGAGAGCCUUUUCCGGAGCCGGGGCGAAAUUGGGCGGUGGUCCCACGGCAAACACUGCCGAAUCGGGAGGACUCAUGGGAUCUCUACUUAGCAGUAAUGGUGCUACCAGCAGCGACAACAGUAAAGCGACAGAUGACUUGACGGAUCGACGAGAAAAGGCAAGAAAGGCAGCAUUGGCCCGAUUGGAAAAACAGCAAAAUCAAGCAAUCAGCAAUGAAUCCAAAGACAAAUAAUAAAUGAACCACAAUCAACCCAAAGAUAUCACCCCCAAAAUAUCUACUCAAAAGUUGAAGACAAGCGCAAUCAGCAUCUCAUGGCAGAUCACUUUCCAUUGUGUUUCUGAACACGUUUUAACCGGGGAUCAUAGCUCCACUUCCUCUGCCACAUGCUUUCGGAUCGAUUCAUUUGUCCUAGUUUGUUUUUUCUGGAGAG